CCCAUCUUGGCUGCGCGCACGAGCGCCCGCCAAAACGCUCCACAACGCGCCCGUGGACUUCCAGAGGGCCGGAACCAGCUCAACAGGUCCGCCCGACAGCCACUACGACCGCUGCGCCCCCGGCGCCCGGCGCAAAGGGCCGUAUCGCCCCCGAAGCUAGACCGAUCCCGCGACAGCAGCGGAGGCGCGCGACGCAGGAAUGGCCGUCCUCGUCCUCCAGAAUAGGGACGCCGCGCCGCGCGUGCCGGCCCAGAUCGCCCUCGACCCGAGCAACGAGAACGCGAUUGUGGUCGGGCGGUCGCGGAAGGAGGCCGACGUGUGUUUGGACCUGCCGGCGCCGGCCCCUCCUUGCUUGAUUUCCAGGAGGCACGCUCGUUUAAGAAGGGACGGGGCGUCGUGGUUCGUCUCCGACCUCGGGUCUCUCAACGGCGUGGCGGUCAACGACGCUCGAUUGCAUCAAGAGCGGAAACUCGUAGAGGGCGACGUCGUGCGCUUCGGGGGCGCCGGCGGGGAAGAGCUCGGUGGCGAGUGCGCGACGUACGUGUUCAGUGCGAAGAGACGGUCGUCGCUGCUGAAGACGCCUUCGGCAAAAAAGAGGCGCGUCGAGCCUCCUACCAACCACGCUCUGGACGCGUCGAACGCGGCCUGCGCCGCCGCUCUAUCAGCCGCCGACAAAGCGAGCGACGCUCACAACGCAUCAAAUGCAGCGUUUACUGCUUUACAGGAACAUGGUGAAGGCGCGAGGAAAGUGCGGAGGACGGCUCUCAAAGCGUUGACGUGCGUGCCCUGCGGCAAGCCGUUAGCUUGUGCCGUCUCAUUACCUUGUGGACAUGCCAUCGACGAGCAGUGUUUCCUCCAGCGGUGCUUCUCGCUGUCAGGCGAUCCGACGACGUGCGCCUGCUGCGGCGAGCAGUUCCCGGCCUUCGCGAGCGCGUUGCGUAGAAGCGCGCACGUCGACGCGGCCGUCGACGCUUUAGUGUUGGGCGAUCCUGCGUUGUUGGCCGCUCACGAGCGGCGCUUGGACGCGGCCGCGGCGGCGCGGAGAGAUGCUGCUAGGAGGCUGGACGCGCUGCCGGACCCUUCAUUGCGGCCGUUAGUGGAGUCGCUCGUGCUGGAACGGACGCCGUCGCAAGCUGAUUUGGCCGUCGGCGCGUCUUCGUUGCUGGCGCCGGGUCGGUUGCUGCAGGCCGUCGCGGAUUCAUAUGAAGAAGACGUCUGCGACGGGUGCGGCGAGCGGGGCCACGUCCAGGAGGACUGCCCGCACCGGUCUGAACUGGAUGAAGACGAAGACUAGAAGACAUAAGAAGACAGUUACUAUC